AUGAUAGGGAUAAUUAAAGAGGGGAUUAACGAGGUGUCAUCCCCCCAGGCCUCCCGGCGGAAGCGAGACCGGCGGAAAGAGCGGCGGCGGCCGGGGGCGGAGCCUGAGCCCGAGGAGGUGGAGCUUAGCCGGCGCCUGCAGGAACUGGCAGCCGCCGGCAGUGAGGAUGAGGAGGAGGAAGCACCAGCCCCAAGGAAAGGGGGGAGGAGAAGGAAGGGUGGCAAUGUCUUCGCGGCACUGAGCCAGGAACAGAGCGAGGAGGAAGAGGAGGAGGAGAGGAAGGGUGAAAGCUUGCGGCCCAGCAAAGGCAAAAGCAACAAGGAGGAAGAGGAGAGUGAUAAGAAGACGAAGAGUCGCAAGAACGAGAAGACUAAGGGGAAGCGGCAGGAAAAAGCCCCCAGCGAGGAUGAGGCUGAAGGCUCCGAUGAGGAUGCACAGCCCAAAAGCAGGAAGCCACAGAACAAGUUCGCGGCUUUGCGUGAUGAUGAUGAGGAGGAGGAAGAAGACGAGGCUGAAGAACCUGCGAAGGGCGACGAGCCUCACGAGGAGGAGGAGGAGGAGGAGGAGGCCGGGAGGAAGGCCGAGCCCGACGCCCGCGUCAGCAAGAAAGAGAAGAAGAAGAUGAAGAAGCAGAUGGAGUACGAGCGACAGGUUGCUACCAUAAAGGCGGCGGCGGCAGCGGGCGAGAACGACUUCUCGGUGUCACAGGCCGAGCUCUCCUCGCGGCAGGCCAUGCUGGAAAAUGCUUCUGACAUCAAGCUGGAGAAGUUCAGCAUCUCGGCCCACGGGAAGGAGCUCUAUGUCAACGCCGACCUCUACAUCGUGGCCGGGCGCCGCUAUGGCCUCGUCGGACCCAACGGGAAAGGGAAGACAACGUUGCUGAAGCACAUCGCGAACCGGGCACUGAGCAUCCCCCCCAACAUUGAUGUGCUGCUUUGUGAACAAGAGGUGGUGGCAGAUGACACGCCGGCGGUGCAGGCAGUUCUGCGCGCCGACACCAAACGACUGCGGCUGCUGGAAGAGGAGAAACGACUACAGGCGAUGCUGGAAGGGGGUGACGACGCGGCUGCCGAGCGCCUGGAGAAGGUAUACGAAGAGCUGCGGGUCAUUGGGGCAGCCGCCGCAGAGGCCAAAGCGCGGCGUAUCCUGGCUGGUCUUGGCUUCAAUCCCGAAAUGCAGAACAGAGCUACCAGGAAAUUCUCCGGUGGGUGGCGGAUGAGGGUGUCACUGGCCCGGGCCUUGUUUAUGGAGCCGACGUUGUUGAUGUUGGAUGAACCCACCAACCACCUCGACCUCAACGCCGUCAUCUGGCUCAACAACUACCUGCAGACCUGGAAGAAGACGCUGCUGGUGGUGUCCCAUGACCAGGGUUUCCUCGAUGAUGUCUGCACUGACAUCAUCCACCUCGACGCUCAACGUCUUUUCUAUUACCGGGGCAACUACAUGACAUUCAAGAAGAUGUACCAGCAGAAGCAGAAGGAGCUGCUCAAGCAGUUUGAGAAGCAGGAGAAGAAGCUCCGUGAUCUCAAGGCUGGUGGCAAGUCCACCAAGCAGGCGGAGAAGCAGACGAAGGAAGCACUGACGCGGAAGCAACAGAAGUGCCGGCGACGGACGGCGGCAGAGGAGGCGGCCGAAGCUCCGGAGCUGCUGAAGCGACCCCGGGAAUACACCGUCCGCUUCACCUUCCCCAACCCGCCCCCCCUCAGUCCCCCCAUCCUCGGCCUCCAUGGCGUCGACUUCGGCUACGAGGGGCAGGAGCUGCUCUUCCGCAACCUCGACUUCGGCAUCGACAUGGAGUCACGGGUUUGCAUCGUGGGUCCCAACGGUGUGGGGAAGAGCACGCUGCUGCAGCUGCUGACCGGGCAGCUGACGCCGAAAGUGGGUUUUUUCAACCAACAAGCAGCCGAGCAGCUGCGGCUGGAGGAGACAGCAGCCGAGUACCUGCAGCGCAGCUUCAACCUCCCCCACCAGGACGCCCGCAAGUGCCUGGGCCGCUUCGGGCUGGAAGGACACGCCCACACCCUGCAGAUCGCCAAGCUUUCCGGAGGGCAGAAGGCCCGGGUGGUGUUUGCUGAGCUGGCCUGCCGCGAGCCCGAUGUCCUCAUCCUGGAUGAACCCACCAACAACCUGGACAUCGAAUCCAUCGACGCUUUGGCCGACGCCAUUAACGAAUACCGGGGAGCCGUCAUUGUGGUGAGCCACGACGCCCGCCUGAUCACGGAGACGGGUUGUCAGCUGUGGGUGGUGGAGGAGCAGGGCCUCAGCCAGAUCGACGGCGACUUCGACGACUACAAGCGGGAGGUGCUGGAGGCCCUGGGGGAGGUCGUCAUCAACCGCCCCCGCGAGUGAGGGGACGCUGGGGGGCACCAUCUGUGCCCCCUCCCCCCCCAG